CCUCCAUUUCGCUGCGUCGAAAGUCUCCUCCCCACAACCGGUAGAUUCAGCGAUUCCGGACCCAGUCUCUCUCGGAGCGGUCUUUAACUUGAUCCUACGAACCUGCCAGUACCUCACUGGGUACCGAGAGACAGUUUGGAGUAGUCUCAACACGGAUUGAGUACGAUUUGAAGCGGAUGUCGACUCCUUCAGCAAGAAUUUAGUAAAAGAAAAGUGCUCGGAAAUUUCAGACCCUCAGAUGCAGUGGUACCCUUGAUCUCAGCAUCCUGGAAGUGGAAAUCACGGAAGAGACUGGUGCUUCAUCACAUACAGGUUUAGUGUGUAGCAGUGCCGGUUCUAAAGCAGGACAGUCUGGGGAAGAGGCGGUGCAGCAGCGCACCUGUCCAGCAGUGGCUGUGCUGGGUGGCACCUCCGCGGCUGCGCAGAAUGUGGCCAGGCCACCCCAGCAUGCCCUGCAGCCAGUCGCAGCUGCCACUCUACCACCAUCAUCGGUUGACGUUGCCACUGCAUUGCAGCAGAAAGGAGGCUCAAAGGCUGCAUUUAAAGAACAGACCAUCGCUCACGUUCAAAGAAACAGCGGCACAGAGGAAUCAGAGGAGAUAUCAUCUGUCCAAAGAGGACUGGUGUCAGCUACUGCUGAAGACACACAAAAACUUACAGACACGUUGGAGGGUCGGACUCCCUCAGACAGACUUUUUGAAAGUGGGACGGAUAGCAUUACGCAAAAACAGGAUUUGCUUUACAGGUGUAACAAAGAGCAAACAAGUCUUGCAUACAGGGAGACCGAUAUGGCGGAAGGAUCCAGCACAGGCCACUGCCAAGAUUGGAGCCAACACCCUGGAGAUGCAGGGGGUGUCUCUGCCCCUGUUGAGACAGAAAAGGGACCCUUGCCUCCAGAGACAAUCAAAUUGGACUAUAAGAACAUGUCUGGAAAGCACACACCUGGAGAAAGCCCCUUUGUUCCAACAACAGAAGUCAUCCCAGCAGUCUCUAGUGCAGUUAAGACAACAGACAAAGACAUGGAGCAGCCCCAAACAACUCCCCUUUUUCAGACAAAUCAAACUGCCACAUCAUCUGCGUUUGGCAUCCCACAGAAACAAAGUACAACCAAUUCAGCGAAGCAGGAUUGUAAACUUGACUCUAAGGCGGCUAUGGAAGUUGUCGCACAAGAUCUGCCUAAAACAGACAAAGAAGGUGCAGUUAGUCCAAUUAGACAAACCUUGGGAACAAAACAAGGUAAUAGUGGAAAUUCCCUUUGCUCAGGAUAUUCAUCAUCAAAACAAGGAGGGGAGCACAUUACCCCUGACAGUGGAAAUAGCAUGCCAAAUGACUCCGAUAAGGGCAGCUGUUAUUCCCCAGAGGACUGCAGUAAAACACAAAAGGCUACACAAAAGACAAAAACACCUGGCAUGCCCACCCCGCCUGAGAAUACACAGUGUGUGCAAGAGCUAUGCUCUCAGUAUGUACGUUUAAGUGAAACCCCCAAAAUGUUUCAUUUGGGUAAGGGGACUAGUGCAAGGGAGGGGCAAGGAAACGAGAAAUUCCCUGUAGAUGGAGAUCUGUGUUUUAAUGCGGCUGCUAAAGAAGUAUUUCGCAACAUUUCUGUUGAUGAACCAAAGCUGACUGGGCAUGGGACAUGCACUGACAAUGUACAGGUCCCCAUUGUGAACGAAAGGUCACAAGUCAUGGUUUGCGGCUCUUCUGAUGUGGUUUUGAAGCAGAAUGACAGUGCCAAUCGAAUACAAAUAUCCAUGUCCUCAAAUCACCAACAGGAUGGGAGCGUGCUGCUCGCACACACAGGGAACUGUGAGACUUUAGAGGGGCUAGAAUCAGAUCAGUCAAAUCUUUCUGACUGUAUGGUCCAACAUGUACAAGAGUUCAUUCCAACUGAUCAUAAACUCUCACAGAUUCAGAUAUGCCUGAAUGAUACUCCAGAUAUCGUGAAUGUGGAAGAGAGGCAGGAAGUGAGUGCAGAGGCUCUCGAUGCUGUUGAGGUGAAAGAUUUGAUCGAUGUAGGUAUUUUAAUGCAGCCAGAUAUGAAGGAUACCUGGCUGGUUGUAAGUGAGAUAGACGGGCAGUCUGAGCAUGCAGAGAUGGAGGUCAGCGAGGAGUCUCUUGUGCAGUGCCCUGAAUCCCAGUCAACUGUUGCUGUAUAUGAAUGCACUGUGCCCUGCUUUACAUCAGCUGCCCUUCACAGUGAAGUUAAGCUGCUGAUAACUGACAAAGAAGAGGAGGGACCAAUGGAAACAUUGAUGCAAGACUCACAAGCCCAGAGUAAUCUAGGGAAUCAGACCUCAUCUCAUCCUGAUGCACUCAAACCCACAGAAGAGUUACUUACCAUGGCCUCUACGCAAAAAGAAGAAUCUAUAAUUGUCAAGCAAAACGAUGAUUCAACUCACACUGAUCUUGCAAACACGUUGACAGGGUUAACAUCCACGGUGAUGGAUGUCACACUUGAGUCUGUGCGAGAGCAGCAAGAAUCUGUUGUGGUGGAAAACACACCAGGUGUGUCAUUAAGUCCAUUGUCUUGUGGGACGAUUGAUCCAAAACUACUGAUCCUAAAGAAGGGUGACAGCCCUGCCCUUAAGCAACCUUCUUCAAUGUCUGCUAGGAUCUCAACCAAGCAGAACUUACCUGUCCUGGCUGGAUCGCCCAAUGAUGGAUUAAAUAAAGCUGCAGAGUGCCUUGCUAAAACUGAAUCAGCUGUAUCCUCCAUCAUAAAGGAGGAUGUUAUGUUAUCUGCUGACCGCCCUAUCUCAAACACUCUCUCUCAGUCCUCUCGGACUGUUUCCAUUUCUAAUGUACUUUCACAGAACAGCUCUGUGAAAGAAAACUUAAAUAAAUCAAACAGUUCUGGCAAGUUGCUUCAAAACGAAUCCUCUGCUAGCGCUUCUUUGUCAACUUCAGUUCAACUCCCUAACUCAAAAAGCCGCCUUUCUCCUUCUGCUGGAGAUGUGUGGGGUGCUGUAUCCAGUGUUGUCCCAGAUGGGAAUCAGUGUAAACGUUCUUCGGGUGGUACACCAUGCCAGGAUUCAAUGACUUUGGGGGGUGAACUGGAGUUGGAGCAGCAGCAGUUACCGGAUGAACUUUUGUCAACAAUGCAAGAUGCUCAGAACUCCAUCCUGGAGCCACUUGAUGCUUCUAUAGAAGAGAGCAGCGAUGCAGAGGUUGACAGCUCUGUGGAUGUCCAGAAUGAGGACAGCAAUGCUACGCCCAGUCCAUCAGCGAACAAGCGUGGACAGAGCAGGACAGACAAACAAGGCUUGUUAUUGAAGGUUUGCCAAUGGAUUGCAGGCAAGGUUACAGCAGGCUCUACCCCUUCCACCUCCCCCAUUCCAUGUCCAUCUCCAUCUCCCUCAUCUGGUGACUGGAUGCGUUCUCACACAGGCAGGACCUCACCUGUGCGUAACUCUCAUGGCAAAAACAUGCCCUCCACUUCCUCCCAGGGUUCUGGUGGCUGUUCUCAGUCAGAGCAGACAACCACCCCGAAAUCCACACCAAAGCAUACAGACAUGGCAGAACUGGCAAAACAUGAAGCAGAAAUAGAACAUCGUACCCUUGCACUAAAACGUGAAGGUUUCUGGUCCCUAAAACGUCUGUCUCGUAUAACCGAACCAGUACGGCCCAAAGUGCAUUGGGAUUACCUCUGUGAGGAAAUGCAGUGGCUUUCUGCAGAUUUUGCACAAGAGAGGCGAUGGAAAAGAGGAGUGGCCCGAAAGGUAGUACGGAUGGUGAUGCGCCACCAUGAGGAGCUAAGACAGAAGGAAGAGAGAGCGAAACGUGAGGAGCAGGCCAAACUGAGAAGAGUUGCUUCUUCUAUUGCCAAGGAGGUCCGUGCCUUCUGGAGCAGUGUUGAGAAGGUGGUCCAGUAUAAACAACAGUCCAGACUGGAAGAGAAGCGGAAGAAGGCUCUAGAUCUCCAGCUUGAUUUCAUUGUGGGUCAGACAGAGCGUUACUCAGACAUGUUAAGUCAGUCCCUGCAGGCUGCUCCUGUACACAGUUCCAACACUGCAGCUGUCUCCAAACAAUCACAGCUAAAUGCUGUUGAUGAGGAUGAUAGAGACUUUGAGCCACCUUGUGAGGAGGAAGAUGAUGAAGAGACCAUAGAAGUAGAGGAGCAGCAAGAGGGGAAUGAUGCAGAGACACAGAGACGAGAGAUAGAGUUACUAAGGGAGGAGGGCACUCUGCCUCUAGACCAGCUGCUCAGUACUUUAACUCUCCCCCAGGACGGUGAAUCAGAAGAAGAAGCCUCAGAUACUUCAUCUUCUGCAGUUGAAGAGGAAGACAAAGAAUUCAGUGCCAAUGAAGAAGAUGCGGAAGAUGAAGAAGACACCAUUGCAGCCCAGGAAGUUAUUGAAGGAGAUGGAGACCAUGCAGAGGAACUUGUCAUCACAUUUUAGAGCUGGGAUAUGAGCAUGGAAGAGCUCUUAGAGAAGUACAGAGGAGCGUAUGCCUCUGAUUUUGAGGAGCCCUCAGCCUCAGUGUCACCGGACUCCUCAGAAGAAUCAGAGGGAACUGAGGAGGAAGCGGAGGAAGAGACUGAGGGAGAGGACAGUGCUGAUGAUAGUAGCUCCUCCUCAGAUUCCCAAGCGGUUGUAGACAGUGACAAAGAAGAUGAGGAUGUGCAGGAGAGUGAUAAUGAGGAUGAUGGAGGAGAGGGAAUGGAGGUUCUGCUGAGAGAAGGAGACCAUAGUCCUACUGUACCAACAUCUCCCCGACCUAAGAAAGAAAUCAGCCACAUUGCUGCUACUGCCGAGAGCCUUCAACCUAAGGGAUAUACACUGGCAACAACAAAGGUCAAAACACCAAUUCCAUUCCUGCUUCAUGGUACCUUGCGUGAGUACCAGCACAUUGGACUGGACUGGUUGGUCACCAUGAAUGAGAAGAAACUCAAUGGCAUACUUGCAGAUGAAAUGGGGCUUGGCAAAACCAUCCAGACCAUUGCUUUGUUAGCUCAUCUAGCAUGUGUAAAGGGUAACUGGGGUCCACAUCUGAUCAUUGUGCCCACCAGUGUAAUGCUCAACUGGGAGAUGGAGUUGAAACGUUGGUGCCCUGGAUUCAAAAUCCUCACCUACUAUGGUAGCCAGAAGGAGCGCAAACUCAAGAGACAAGGCUGGACCAAACCCAAUGCUUUCCAUGUCUGCAUCACCUCGUAUAAGCUAGUACUGCAAGAUCAUCAGGCUUUUAGGCGCAAGUCUUGGAGGUACCUCAUUUUGGACGAAGCCCAGAACAUCAAGAACUUUAAGUCCCAGCGCUGGCAAAGCCUGCUCAAUUUCAACAGCCAGAGGCGAUUGUUGCUCACAGGUACCCCUCUCCAGAACAGUCUAAUGGAGCUGUGGUCUCUUAUGCACUUCCUCAUGCCGCACGUUUUCCAGUCCCAUCGUGAGUUCAAGGAGUGGUUCUCAAACCCGCUCACUGGAAUGAUUGAAGGGAGCCAGGAGUACAAUGAGGGCUUGGUCAAGCGGCUUCACAAGGUGCUAAGACCCUUUUUGCUGCGAAGAAUCAAAGCCGAUGUGGAGAAACAAAUGCCAAAAAAAUAUGAGCAUGUUGUGCGCUGUCGACUCUCCAAAAGACAGCGUUUUCUCUAUGAUGACUUCAUGGCCCAGGCCUCGACUCGAGAGACUUUAGCCAGCGGCCAUUUCAUGUCUGUGAUCAACAUCCUGAUGCAGCUGCGGAAAGUGUGUAAUCACCCCAACCUGUUUGAUCCAAGGCCCAUACAAUCCCCCUUCAUCACAAAGGCCAUCAUAUAUUCUACUGCUUCACUGGUUCAGCGGGCUCUUGAGACCUCACCUUUUGAGCGCUGUGACAUGUCCAUGUUGGACCUGGUUGGCCUGGAGCAGCGUGUGACUAGAUACCAGGCAGAUGUUUUCCUGCCUCAGAGGAAAGUGACACAUCAGCUUAUUCAGGAGAUCAUGGAGUCCCCUGAUCCUCCUCCCAGACCGAAGCCUGUUCGCAUGAAAGUCAACAGGAUGCUUCAGCCUCUUCCUAAAUCUGAUGGGCGUUCAUCAGCAAACAGUCCUCGCCCUAUGUGCCCUACCACCACAGCUGUUCAGGCUCCAAAGCCUUUAAUUACAGAGGUCACCCCUCCCUCACAGCCGGCACCUCAAGUUUGUCCUGUUACUCCUGUUGCUGCUCCAGUGGCUCCUAGCAGUGUCCCUUCUGCACCUGCAGUCAGGCCUCCAGCCCCCCAGCCAGUGACUGUACGCCCCUCAGGACCAUCCAGCGUCACAACUUUGUCCGCUCCCCCUCAACCACCAAGCAACAUUAUGACUCAGAGGGUCCUGCUCAGCCCAGAUAUGCAGGCUCGUUUGCCAUCCGGUGAAGUUGUGAGUAUCGCUCAGCUGGCCUCCCUGGCUGGCCGACCAGUGUCGUCCUCUCAGGGCAGUAAACCAGUCACCUUCCAGCUACAGGGCAACAAGCUCACACUCUCUGGGACUCCCUUGCACCAAGUUCCUGUUCCUCAGCCACGACCCAUCCAAGGAAAUAUAAUGCAUCUGGUUUCCAGUAGUGGGCAACACCACCUUUUUAGUCAGCCAGCUCAUGUGGCAGUUCUUCACACAGUUAGUCAGUCAGGUAGCAGCUCAGCAAAUCCCCACCCAACCAGCACAAUCCCAACCUGCUCUGGACUAGCAGUACCUUUCACCGCUACUCGAGUCCCAACAUCCAUGGUAAGUGGGCCUGGAAUUGUAAAGAUUGUUGUACGCCAAGCACCAAGUAAAGAAGGAGGGUCAAUCCCGACUCUGGCUGUGCCUCCUUCUCCUCGUCCUGCUCCUGCUCAAUCGGUCACCCUUCACCCACAUGGCACUCCAAGCCCUGUUCUUAGAGCACCCACUGCUUCACAGCCUCCACAACGGCCUCCAGUUUAUGCUGCUCCACCCCGAACUGUUGCUUCCUCCCAGACUCCACCUACUCGCCCUGUAUUGAGAGUAGUACAGGGGCCACCACCACCAGCCCCAGAACCACCAGUAACAAAGGCAAAUUCAUCAUCAGUGCGUGAGGACAGUGGUAAUGGUGUGAUUACUUUGCGCGUGAGCACUCCUAAGCCUGCAUCCUCAUCUCAGAGCAGUGGGUCAACAUCUCAGCGUCCCCGUGUUCAGCCGCCACCUCCACCACGUUCCCCCUUCUACAUGUCAUGGCUUGCAGACAGCCGAAAGGAUCAGCGAGACAGCCGAAUCUCUCAAAUCAUGCGCAUCAAUGAGCUACACUGCAGUGCUAAGCCUGUGUAUGGCCGUGAGGUACUGGACUUUCUAACCUUCCUCCCAGGCCCUUGUCCAUCUCCGCCACGUCCUGUUAUGAACAACUGGAGUUACUCAGGUUAUAGCUCCUGCCUCACUGCACAAUCACACCAUACCAGUAGCUUCCUGGAAAAGAGCCAAGCCCUGAAGGAAGCCAUCCACAACUCAGAGGAGAGGCUUCAACUUCUCUCUGAUGUCAUAGACAGGUUCACUUUUGUCAUUCCUCCAGUGGAAGCAAAGCCUAUCACCAUGCACACCUGCCAUCCACCUCCCUCCCUCAGACACCAGCAAAGCCAUUUCUCCUCUGUUCUGUCUUCCCAUCUCUGCCCGCAUACACACACGCUCCAUCGCAUCCAGUGUAACAUGAGGACACAUUUCCCUGACUUGAGGCUUAUUCAGUAUGAUUGUGGUAAGCUGCAGACACUCCACCUCCUGCUUAGAAAGUUGAAGGCAGAAACGCACAGAGUCCUCAUUUUCACUCAGAUGACACGUAUGCUGGAUAUACUUGAGCAGUUCCUCAACUACCAUGGGCACAUCUACCUGCGGUUGGAUGGAAGUACACGUGUAGAACAAAGACAGGCUCUGAUGGAGCGAUUCAAUGCAGACCGUCGCAUAUUCUGCUUCAUCCUGUCCACCCGCAGUGGAGGUGUUGGUGUUAACCUGACUGGGGCUGAUACAGUGGUGUUCUAUGACAGUGAUUGGAACCCAACCAUGGAUGCCCAAGCUCAGGACCGGUGCCACAGAAUUGGACAGACGAGAGAUGUUCACAUCUAUAGGCUAAUCAGUGAACGCACAGUUGAAGAAAAUAUUUUGAAAAAAGCCAAUCAAAAGAGGAUGUUGGGAGAUAUGGCAAUUGAAGGUGGAAACUUUACAACUGCCUUUUUCAAGCAGCAAACUAUAAGGGAGUUGUUUGAUGUGUCGGAGGGAGAGAAGAAAGAGGCUGAAUUGAGUGCGCCUCAGUCAGAUGAUGAUGAGUCCAUAAAUAAACAACAAACCACUAUUUUGGAACAGGCCCUGUGUCGUGCUGAGGAUGAAGAGGAUAUAGUGGCUGCAUCUCAAGCCAAGGCUGAGCAGGUGGCUGAGCUUGCAGAGUUUAAUGAAAAUAUCCCUCUGGAUGAUGGUGACAGCAGAGACCAGGAAGAGGAAGAGCUCUCCAAGGCUGAGCAGGAAAUUGCUGCCCUUGUUGAACAGCUCACUCCCAUAGAGCGAUAUGCUAUGAAUUUCCUUGAGGCUUCCCUUGAAGAUAUUUGCAAAGAGGAGCUGAAGCAGGCAGAGGAGCAGGUUGAGGCUGCAAGGAAAGGGUUGGAUCAGGCAAAGGAAGAAGGUUUGAAACUGCAUCAGUCAUCCGACAGUGACAAAGAGGAUUCCAUACCUCCCAAUACUGAGGAACCUACUCCAACCCGUCGCCCUCGCAAACACAAAGAGAAAGGUGCUCCUUCUACGAGGGUCAGUGGCAGGCUCAGAGGGACACCUGCUGACGAUAUAUCCCUAACCCAGCGAUCCCCAGAGAGAGGCAGGCGGGGGGUAUGGAUGAACUCUGAGCGCAGUAUGAGCCAAACCCCUGGGUCAACGCAAAAGUCGCCCCAACACAGAGAAGUGCCUGAGAAGCUUCACAGUGGUCCAAAAGGGCGAGGGACAACCAAAGAAUCUGUGUUCCUCACAUCAUCAGAAAACCAGACAAUUCAAACCAACCCACAGCUCUCAAAUUCAACAACUUUGUCCCCUGUUAUGCGGGGUUCAGACCCAAAAAUUAGAUAUGUGCCAUCCCCUCACCACCAGCCCAUCUCCCCAUCAAGCUCUGUGCCUUCAGCUGCUGCAUCUCCCGCAAUGGACAAAAACUCUAGUGGCCAUCAGUCCUCCUCCUCUACUGCAUGCAGAGAGGACAAUGAAGAGCAGGGGGGAGAGGGACUGUCUGAAACUAUGCAGUGUAGCAGGAGAGAUAGGAGAACCUCUGUGUCAUCAGACUCCAUCUGUUCUCCUGAACAUCACUCUGAACAGGAUGGUCAGCUCCCUCUUUCUCCUACUCUGGCAUCACCUAACUCUCGCUCACCACGAAAGCGGCAGUCAGCUGAAAGGGAAAUCCUCAAAGGGCUUCCAGAAGAUUCUCCAUCAGCCAAGGUCCUUCGAAAGCUUCCAGGUCGUCUGGUCACAGUGGUGGAGGAGAAAGAGCCCAAACGGAGACGGAGGGGCUUGAGUGGAAGUGGAGGAGCACACACUGAGGGUUCAUCAGAGGAAACUGAACACGCUGAGCCAGUUCCAGACCCAGGCUCUCAACUGUCUGAUGGAGGAAGUCAAACUCUUAAAGACUCUCCUCCCAAAGCAGUGCCCACAUCCUUAGCUUCUUCCCCACCACCACCAACACAAGAGCAGGAUCAGGCCUCCUCUCCAUUACAUAGUAGCCCAGGGAGAGGGCACCACCCCUGUUCCCCAACACACCAUUCACCAGAUAUGCCUGUCCUACGAAACUUACCAGUACGCCGAAGGCUUGAGACAGAGUCUCGAAUGGCUGCACAGUUAGGAGAGAAAUUUGUAGGAAGAGGUAGAGGGGUGGAUCGGAGAUCUGCUUUAUCACCAAAGAAACCAGAAUCGAAUUCAGACAAGGACAGUACUGCUCCAAAUGACUCAAUGAAGCGCAAGAGGGGCAGACCGCCUAAAACACCUCCACGGGCACUAGAGCUGCCAGAAGACAAGACACCAGUAACCCAGAAAACAAGUCCUGAGCGGAGUCCCUCUCACUCACCAAAACGGAAAAGAGGUCGUCCCCGUAAAGAUUCCACCACAACUACCAGCUCAUCCCCAUCUUCUCCUUCUACAUGUGCUCCUUCCUCCCAUGAGCCUAAUUUGUCAAGGUCCAAUGUUAUGCCCGUGACUUUGCCUGCUGUCAGUAAUACUUCACCAAUAAGCUCUCCACUCAACCCCACUUCACCCUCAAAUGCUGCUGAAGUAUCGUCAUCUCCUAAACCAGAUUCUGAAACAAAUCAAAAAACUACAUCUGUUUUACUGUCCUCUAUGCAUACAGACUCUCAAAAUAUGUCAUUGUCUACAUCAGAACUUGGUGACUCACAUGGUGAUACUCACACCAGUCUGAACCCCCUAAUUGCAUGCAUUGACUCUGACACCAAUACACUUGAAACUUUAUCACACAACACUUCUGCAGCAGCAAUCUCUCAGACUUGUACAGCUUCUUCCCCUACACUACAUCCUCCAAGUCCUACCAGAGAGCCUCCCAUUUGUAAUGUCUCCAUCCAUGAAGAGGAACUUGCCUAUACACCUGUGUUUUUUGAGACCAGUGAAAUCACACCAUCUUCAGAACCUUCAAAUGUCUCGGUGACUGCUGUAGAAACCAAGGAAGAUUCACUCACAGAAAAAGAUCAUUUGCAGUACUCCAAUACAUUAACUCAAGUCACUUCACAACUCAUACAAAGACCCAGUACAACUGAAGACUCUCCACAAACUUCUGUAGAACACAUGUGCAAUAUAGCUGCAUCUCUUACUCCCACUCAUCAGUCAUCCACCCAGCCUUCUCCUUCACCUGCUUUGACUUCUGAGAUUAAGCAAGAAUCAUCUUCAUCUAAAUCAGAGGUACCAGAACCUUCUAUGACACUGACUGUGUCAACAGUCCAACAAUCCACACCUACAUCUGAUCAAACUUCUGUUCAUCCCUCACAAACUCAAACUACAGACAUCGAAGCAGCAACAGAUUCAGCACUUGUAUCUCACAAAAUGUCUUCAGUGUCUUCACAAUCUCCGUCCACCACUGAUCAGAUGACAACGGAUUCUUUUUCCACAUCCAAUACAGAUGCAGAUUCUUCUCAGUCCAAAAACAUGCCAGUGGAGACCAUGGCUGAUAAUCAUGAAGGCCAACAUUCACCCAAGGAGGAGGUUGUAACUGAGGAAGAGGUUGUGACUGAGCAUACAGAGAAAAUGGAAAUAGACAGUCUUGCUGAGGAAAAUGUAAGAGAAAAAGAAAGCAUCUUAUCUCAGCUAAAAAGAAGGAAAUUGGAUAGUUUGCCAAAGGAACAGACACCUGGUGCCUCAGGAGUUGCCUCCUCAAAUUCAGAUAUCGAGUACCAUGAUGACCCUAAGAGUGAUGGACCUGAUAAGCCAUCAGAAGGGGAGUCAAGAGAGGAGAGAGAGACCAGAACUUCUGCCAAAAAACGAAUCAUCAGUAGGCAAAGCAGCCAGGAGUCAGUCCGUUCCUCUUCCCCAUCUUCUGUAUCCUCCUGUGGUACAAGAUCAUCCCAGUCCAAAAAGGCUGGAGAGAGUAAGAGGCCUGCAAAAAGGAAACGGGAAGAUAUAAAGUCUGAAAAAGAGAAAACUGAAGAAGAGUCUGACAAACACCAGUCCAACUCUUCCUCAUCUUCAGACUCUGAGGACUCGAAUAGCAUAACAAGAUGUUUGACAAGAUCGACUCAAAAGAAGUUGAAGAAAGAUGGCAUGAUUGCUAAAAAUGAUGAGAGCAGUAAGAGGCAAAGGGCAAGGUCAGACAAGAAGGGUAAAACCACCAAUACCACAGAAGGGGAGUCCAGUGGAGAAACGUGUUCAAAAGUAACCCGGAAAUCUGCAGGCCCACAACCCAAUACUUUAGCCUCCCCUGAACCUGAGGUACUGGGCAAACGCUGCUCAGCCCUUAAUGCUGCCGCCAAGCUCUUGGCAAUGAGGGGAAGAGGACCAGACACACCCAGUCCCAGAAGUAAGACAGCAGCACAACAAAGCAAACUGCUGUCCUCUGAAAAAAACAGUAAACCCAAGGGGAAAACAGGACAGGACUCUCCCAAGAUGUCUAACAGUAAAACAGGGAGUGGCAGGCAAACCCCCAAUCAGUCAACUGAAUCACCACAAUCCUCUUCUUCUGCUCGAUCAACUCGGCAGCGACCGGGCAGCCUUGUUCCCCCCUUGGAAACAGAAAGGGUUAAAAAAGAAGAAAAGAAGAAGGCAUCUGAUCAGAAGGAAGAAGGCGAAGAUGAAAACAAAGAGACCAGGUCUUCAGGAGGUCAUAGUGCCUGCAGUAGUAUAAGCAGCGAAAGAGGAGCAGGCAGCAGUAGAAGUCGGAGUAGCAGCAAUAGCAGCCAACGCACCCACAGUUUGAGCUCGCAGAGUACAGAGCCCACCCGCUCCUGUUCCAGGGCAGCAUCCUCUGGUAGUGAUACAGAGAGAGGCAAAAGUAUUCAGCGUAAGCGUGAUGGAGACGGAGGCAGGGAGAGCAGGAAAGAGAAGAGGUCCCAAAAGCAGGACAAACCUGAACUGAGUGCUGGAUCCAGCGACGGGACUCCAGACAGGGUUCUUAGGAGCGUAGCUGCAUUGGCAGCCGCUCAGGCACGUACUCCAGCUAGCAACACACGUUCUUCGUCCACCCAAAACCGGCACUCCAAGACGUGAUAGGGAGCAGAAAAGUUAUCUUUAGGUUUCAACAAGGAGUGAGACAACAACUUCAGCGAGAAGCGAAUGCAGAUUUUUUUGGGGGGGAGGAAAGUGGAUCCGUUUCAUUUAAAGGCCAUGGUUUAGCUGAAUGAGAGAAGACGAGAGGAGAGAGAUCUGUUGCACAUUGUGAUUAGAUCUGACCUCGCCUUUGCCCUCUCAGCUAUCUUAAGUCAAGCCAUUUAUAAUGUGGAAAGGGUCUAUAGAUGCAGGACAAUGAUGAAGAUUUGGUCACCUAUUUAAAAAUGUCCUAAUAAUUUGAGUUAAAACCUGGAAAAUAUUUUACCCUUCCACAAAGACUUUGGAACUUCAAAGUAGCUGGGCAAGAGGCAAGAUUUAUUAUUUGUUCACACUAUGUACUGUAAUCAUAAAGACUGAAAGACUGGAAAUACUAUGUAAAGUAUGUGUUAAAAGAUUGGUCGCAUAGAUUGUACACUUUUUACAGAGUUUACUAGUGCUGCAAAUGGUAUUGAUGAGGAAGAAAUUCAUUAAUGCUACAUUGAAAUGAUUUAGUGGGGAUUGUACAAUUGUAAAGUUUUUAGACUGUUGCAUUCUGGAUAAUGUUUGUCAGCUGUUUUGACUAUUGUUUGUUUCAAGUCAGUUGAUAAAUUACGAAAAUAUCUUCUAUAUCUUCCAAGGUAUGAAGAAGAGGGCAGGUCUAAAAAAAAAAAAGUGAUUUUUUUUUUUCUUUUUCUUUUGUUUUGUUUUGUUUUUUUCUCUGCACUAUGCUGGAGUUACUAUUUGCUUAGAUCACCUGUCUUGUGUAAUGUUUCAGUCCAUUACUUUUCAAUUCUGCUGCUGCCUGCUUUCCCCAUUUGCACAUCUGAAAUGUCCCAGACAUUGGAGGAUUGCAUUGUGGUUUAGGAUUUUUUUUUCUUCUUCUUCGGAACAUCGACUUGUCAGUACAUCUUUACUGGUACCUCACUGCAUUUUGUAAGCUCUAAAGUAAGUGUAUCUCUUGAGCUUGUGAUAAAUCUUGAAAUUUGCUUGUCAUUUGCUUUAUAGCAGUACAGAAAUGGGAGACAACAUCUUGCUAUUUUUCUUCUCUUUCCCAAAGUGUUAGUCAUUAUGAUCAUCUUUACACAUUAAUUGUAUUCACAAACAAAAUCUAAAUGACUUUGAUAAAAUGAGAGUGCCUGUUGAUCCAUACAAGGAUCCAUGUUAAAGUAUAGAAGUUUGGUCAUCUAUAGUGCUUUGAGUGUAAUAAGCUCUUCCACCCUUCAUUGUAACAACACCAUUAUGUGCAACCAAAACUGAAAUCUCCAGUGAAAUUUGCUACUGUCAGCUAUUUUUAUUUCUGGAGUAUUUGUCCUUUUUAUGAAUGGACCGAUGCUGGGUGGGUAGGAAACACCUGAAAGAAAUUAAGAUAAAUAUCUUAUUUUUUUGCAGAACAUUGGCAGUCAAGUAAGUUGUAAGAUAGCUUUCUUUGCCAUUUUUGGACAGAAAGAUGGGGUAUUUAGUAAAAUAUGGUGAUGGUCUUACUUUGAUUUUGAUUUGUCUAUUCUAAUUUGUUACAUUCCUUAUGUUCCCUUGUAAUUCCACAUUGUUUUACUUGAAAGAUUGAAACAAAAAUGUAAGUUGAAUAAAAAGACCAAAAAUA